AUGAAACAUUCAUUUUCGCAUGCAGGGGAUCCUUCGAUACUGGAAGAUUUCCAACACGAGCCGCUUGACCUGGAACAGGACACAUUCCGCCUCCUCGACAUCGAUGGUGUUUCCUCUCGUGGUCUUGUCGAAUGUACAAUCCGCCUUCGCAAUCGAGACGAUAUCAGCUGCUCAUACAACGCGUUGUCUUAUGCCUGGGGUUCCGAGGAGCAACCUGGAUGGAUUAUCCUCAAUAGAAGACGUUUCCGUGUUCGCAAGAACCUCUUGCAGUUCCUACAGUCUACCACCUCGCACGCCAAAGCUCGUAGAAAUUUAUGGAUCGACGCAAUUUGUAUCGACCAGGGAAAUGUCUCAGAGAAGAAUCAUCAAGUCAACCAGAUGGCAGAUAUUUACCGCAACGCUACGACAGUAUUCGUCUGGCUGGGCCUAUCACUUAAGGAAAAGACAGGGAUCUUUGGUUCUGGAAGAUACAAACGACUCCAUGCCCUCCUUAAAAACGUUGAAGAGUGUUGUUCAUUGGAAGACCGACAGGAAAUGAGACUGUUGGAUAUCCAUUACGGACUAUUCUGUAACGACCCACAUCCUGUUUCUCGCCUUGUAGUGGAUAUACUUACCCGCGAAUACUGGGAAAGAAUGUGGAUCGUCCAAGAAAUCAUCUUCGGUGAAGAGAAUGUGCUUCUUCUCUGCGGUGAACACAAAUUUCCGUUGAGUGCAUUCCAAAAACUA